AUGGAUGCAGAAGAAGAAGAGCAUCAAACAAGGAUGAGAAUGGGUGCGGCUUACAUUUAUAAUCAGCGUGAAAGAGCAAAUUCUAUCUCGUAUCAUGGUGGUUCCACAAUGAAUCAUCGUGUGAUUGAUCGCAAUAGAGAAGAAGGUCAUGCUAGAGUGUGUCGUAAUUAUUUUUUUGAUACACCUACAUAUACAGAUACACAAUUUCGUCGAAGAUUUCGGAUGCGUAGAUCAUUAUUUAUGCGAAUUGAAGAAGCAGUUAUGGCUAAUGACAAUUAUUUUACUCAACGAACUGAUGCUGUGGGAGUUCGUGGCCUGUCUUCACUUCAAAAAGUGACAGCUGCACUUAGGAUGCUUGCAUAUGGAACAGCAGCUGAUGCAAUUGAUGAUUAUGUUCGAAUUGGUGAGAGUACAGCCAUAGAGAGUCUAAGAAGGUUUGUCAAAUCAAUUGUUGAAGUCUUCGGGACUGAAUAUCUGAGACGUCCAAAUGCUGAAGAUGUGUCUAGAUUACUAGCAGAGAAUGAACAACGAGGCUUUCCCGGAAUGUUGGGUAGCAUUGAUUGUAUGCAUUGGAAGUGGAAGAAUUGUCCAGCUGGCUGGCAAGGUAUGUACACUGGUCAUGUUCAUGAACCAACUAUUAUAUUAGAAGCUAUAGCUUCGAAAGACUUGUGGAUAUGGCAUGCUUUUUUCGGAUUACCAGGGUCGUUGAAUGAUAUUAAUGUGUUAGAUCGGUCUCAUCUUUUUGAAGAAUUGGCAGAAGGUCGCGGUCCUGAGGUGAGGUACACCAUCAACGGACAUGAAUAUAAUAUUGGUUAUUAUCUUGCUGAUGAAUCUGUUAGAAAGGAUGUUGAAAGAGCAUUUGGAGUGUUGCAAUCUCGGUUUGCAAUGAUUCGUGGACCAUCACGAUUUUGGGAUGUGGGCACAAUGAAAUAUAUUAUGACCGCCUGCAUAAUAUUGCAUAACAUGAUUAUUGAGGAUGAAAGGGAUUUAAGUAUGGAAGAAGAACACUUUGAAACAAAUACUGAAAUACCAACUGUUACGCACAUACCACGUCAUCCAAGUACCUUUAGGGAAUUCCUUCAAGUGCACCAACAAAUUCAAGACAAACAAGCUCAUGUUCAGUUGCAAAAUGAUCUUAUAGAGCAUCUUUGGCAAAUUCACGGCGGUGACACGAAUUAG